AUGGAGUUGCCCAAUAUGCGAUUGAUUAAUAACAACAUCACUAACUUCGACUACGUUGUAAAUGUUGAGGAUGAUCAGAGCUGGUCACUUCCCCUGUACAAAGCAUUACUUCAAGGCGACUGGGACACUGUGGAAGCAAUCAUCACGGUUGAAAAAGAAGCAAUUACAGCCAGGUUAACUGCAUUUGCAGAGACACCGCUCCUGGUAGCGGUUAAGGGUGGACAAACGUUGCCGUUUAUCAAGAAGCUGGUUGAUUUUAUGCCACCUGAGGCACUUGCUUUGACAGAUUACUUCGGUAAUACAGGGCUCCACGCAGUGGCCGUGCUUGGAAAUAUUCAAGCAGCCAAGCUGCUUGUGAGGAAAAACCCAGAGUUACCAAAUAUUUGGAAUAUUGAUGGAUCUUUGCCUAUUCACUUGGCUGCAAUGAGAGGUCAUAGAGCCAUGACUUUAUAUUUGUUCUCUAAAACCAGAGAAGAUGAAUACUCGAAUCCAUCUAAAGAUGAAGCUGGUGCGACGCUUAUGAAUUUCGCUAUAAAUGCUGGAUUUUAUGAUUUGGCUCUCCAUUUACUCGAACACAACCCGAAGUUGGCAUGGCAAGAUACAUCUCCUUUGGAACUGAUGGCUGAGGAAUCAUCUGCUUUUCUAAGUGGAGCGCACUUGAAUAUUUGGCAGAACUUAAUCUAUUCCUGUGUUCCGAUGAAACUGAUUGUGAGGCCAGAGAAUUUGCUACAUGAAGGCAUGAGUAAAUUAUCUUAUUAUUCUCCCAUCAAAUUGAAUAGGCAUUGCAGAAAACAAUUUUUCAGAGUAUGCAAAGAGAUGCACUUAAUACUUUGGAAAGUGCUUGAAAUGAUGGUGCCACCCCUCAAACACAUUCGUCACAGAAAAUUUAUGCAUCAUCAAGCACUUCAACUAGUAAAACGUGUGUGCUCGGAAAUUAGAAGUUUGGAUAAUACCGAAGCUAAAUCGAUACUUACAGGGCCCUUCCUCUUAGGGGCUCAGAAUGGAAUAAACGAGAUUGUCAAAGAAAUUCUAGAGUCCUUUCCUCAUGCAAUAACGUUUUUGGAUGAAGAGAACCAUUCAGUAUUUCAUCUUGCUGUAAUGUACCGUCACGAAGAGAUUUUCAAGAUUGUGCAUCAGCAGAGUGGACAGUACAAGAUGUCCUUAUCGCUGCUACUGGACAACAGAAGGAACAAUAUAUUGCAUUUAGUGGGAUAUAAAGCCUGUCAUGAUCGACUUGAUCUUAAGCCUGGAGCUGUUCUUCAAAUGCAGCGUGAACUGCAGUGGUACAAGGAAGUGGAGAAAUUUGUACUGCCUCAAGAAAGGAAGUCAAAGAAUUCCGAUGGGAAGACACCACUGACGAUCUUCAAUGAGGAGCACCGUGAAAUGGCUGCAUAUGAGACGCAAUGGAUCAUAAGCAUGGCAACUUCAUGCACAGUUGCAGCAUCACUCAUUGCGACAGUGGCAUUUGCUGCUGCAAUCACAGUACCUGGAGGGAACAAGACCGAUGGCCUCCCCAAUUUCUCCGAUCGGAAUUCCUUCAUAGCCUUUGCAAUUGGAGACUCUCUUGCGCUUCUCUCGUCAAUUACUACUGUUAUAUCUUUCUUAUCCAUUUUCACCACCCGCUAUGCAGUAAAUGAUUUUCUUUACUCCUUGCCCAACAGAUUGAUUAUUGGCCUAAUAUCCUUGUUCCUCUCUGUAGCAUUUCUAAUGAUCGCCUUUAGUUCUACAAUAUAUCUUGUAAUUGCUCAAAAAAAUGGCCAGAUUCUCGUACCAAUAAUCAUAUUGACUUGUGUACCAGUUACCUUGUUCACCUACCUUCAGCUUCCUCCCCUCCUUGAUAUGAUCAAAUCCACACACGGUCCCAGCAUUUUUGGUUAG